CUGAUCGUCCACGGAGUAAGUGUAGGGGUCUUUACAUUUAUCAGUCCAAUAGCGACAAUGAUUUGUUGUUAACAACAAAUGUCUUGAGCCUCGUUGUUGCCAAGUCUUGCCGAGGUACCUAGUAAGGACCUCGAACCACGCCGCGGGAGGCAAUUUACUCACUGGUGGUUGUUGUACAUCUACGGAGUAUCUCAUGGCAUUUUCCUCAGUUUGAUGAUGGUCACAUGUCCCAGACAUCUGGAAGAGAGAUGUUGUGGACAUUCUGACCGGUAUCUCAGAACGUACAGAUCGUACCGAAACAGGCAAGACACUGACCCAAAAGGCAACCCAAUCGAGACAAAUUGUGAGAACCUCUCUAAUUCACAACCUUGAUUCAACAUACAAUUCAGCCUUGUCUCAACCCAGCCACCCGUUGUCACUUCAACAUAUCUAGAUAACAUAAUGAGCUCUAUGUUAAACCAAUGUCAAGUCAAACCGUAUCUUGAUUUAUGACACCUUUGCAAUGUCUGCCUCAAAACAUGCUUCAUCCACCACAAAUGAAACUCCAUCCGACCAAGCUCAAGCUGAAGAUAUCUACCGCAAUUUAUAUAAUGAGAAGCCCGAUGUGAACCUCCUCAUGGGCAAAAGCCAUUUCCAAGACCUCUUGGGAAAGGUUCGAACCUAUGAUUCCAAUUUGAUCCAUCGCUUGAAAGUGCUUGAUGGAGUCACGUCUCAAGAAGACAUUACAUGUGAACGUCUACUACAAGAAGAACAGUCUCCAGGGGGCACCUUUCACAACAACAACAACAACAACAACAUCUUUCAAGCCUUUUUCUUGAGGUACAUCGGCCGAGGUGACAUAAACCUUACCAAAGCGUCACUUUGUCAACUUCUCCAAGCAACCAAAAUACCUCCAUCAUUCCUCGAGAUCUUGACCAACAACAAUGGCUUCUACACCUCAUAUCUUGUGAAUAACAGUACCGGUUCUCCUACAGAUUACUACCUUUUGAUAACCCUACCAUUUGGACCCUUUGCGAAUGGAACACUGAUUCUCCAUCACAACAUCUCCCAGAACAACACAAAAACCAUCAUCUCCGCGGCUAACACUCAGAUCCUGGUUGAACGAUGCCUCGAAAUCUUGAAUCGACACCCACCUACCACUUCUACUCCCCACCCCAUGACCAUCGUCGCCGUGUUCCUGACCCAUAUCCUCCACCAGAACGAAUCUCACCGAAAGGACAUUGACACACAGCUUUGCCGUCUAGAGUCUCUCUCCGGCUUUGCCUUGCACAACUUUGGAUCCCGCACCCGUGCCAAAGUCUCACAAUAUGCGCUUUUGAAAAGCGAUGUUCACAUGCAAGAGGCCAAGAUGGCUAUGGCUAGACAUUGUUUCUCCUUCCAGGAUCGGUUGUCCAGUUGGAUCGUGUCCGAGAUGGACAAAUUGACUAGUUUCAUCACCACCACACCUACCAUUCAAAGCCAGAGCGACCAUAUUCGCGCUUCCCUCGGCUUGAACGCCAGUGUUGCAUUAUGGACGUUGGAGCAGUUACAGUCCUUAGAAAGGAGACUCACCGUGCAGAGUCGAGUGAUCGAUUCCACCAUAUCAACCGCCGACACAUUGACCAUGAUCCGACUAGCUCGCUCAUCACGAUCCGACAGCAAUACCAUGAAAGCCAUUACUAUUUUGACCAUGGUAUUCCUACCGGCCACAUUUAUCUGCUCGUUAUUUGGGAUGGGGUUUUUCGGCUUCGAUUUCGGAUCCGACUCGGACCCGGAUUCCCAGUCCACCACUGUCGUCGACCGCCAGGACAAUAACCACCAUAUACGCAUUGCGGAUCAAUUUUGGGUUUACUUUGCAAUCACUGUCCCCUUGACUAUUCUCGUCCUCGCUGUUUUUGCCGCUUGGUUGCGUUGGGGUGACACUGACGGACAUGAAGAUGAUGGCUACGAAGAACCGCGAAGCGGCCUGUCGAAGCUCUUGCGUGAUACAAGGGACCGAAUUUUGGGUACGUAGAUGCACAUGUUCGGUACUCUUCAUUCUUCAAUGUCUUAGCGCGAAUGAAAUUGGGACAAUUCUUAAUUCG